AUGCAUCAGCGGACACCAGCGGAGCAGGCAUACGAUAUACUGGCUAAGCAGGUGGCAGACAUGACUAGGGAGGAGGCUACGGCACUUCUACGCCCGCCUUCCAAGAGGUACAAGUCCCCUACAAAGGGCAAACGGAAGGCAGUGGUCGCUGCUCUGAUACAGCAGGCUACUGAGAGCACAUCUUGCAUACGCCACCCUCUUCAAGGACUCUACGCUAUACUAACUCUUCCCGCGAUGGAGUGGAACGUGGCUCUACGACUAGUGGAGGAGUGGCAAGGGGCCCUGUGUUGUGCCCUGGCCGAAACCGCCCCUCCAAAUAUCCAAAAACAGUGUCUUAAAGCUCCACCAGCUACCGAGCUCCCCGAUGACGAGGAGACAUCCUCUUGGGCAACGGCUAAACUAGAGUACUCUCAACUCGAUACGUGGCUAAAGUCUGAGGAGGCAAAGGCAACUCCACGUGCGAUACUCGAUGUGUUGUGUGCCCAUCGUGCAGUCUUUCCGGAUAAACUUCGUACAGGUCUGCCAGCGAAGCGCCCACACGAUCACCGUAUCCUCCUCCUGCCAGGGAAGCUGCCUACGAACUCUGCAAUCUACCGCAUGACCCCCGAACAACUCCAAUAUCACAAGCAGGAGAUCGCUAAGCUAACAGCUAAUGGGUGGAUAGGUCCUACGUACUCUCCUAUAUGCGCUCCUACGAUCAUGGUGGACAAGCGUGAUGAUGGGACUGGUGAGCGUAAGAUGCGUAUGGUGGUCAACUAUCAAGAAUUGAACGCUCUUACGAUCGCCUCUGACUUUCCCCUGCCUCCUGUUCAAACUAUUCUGGAGAUGUUAGGGGGCGCUCGAUAUUUCUCUACCCUCGAUCUAGAAUCUGGGUUCCAUCAGAUACGGAUGGCUAGGGAAGACAGGUGGAACACAGCCUUCCGUUCUGUCAUGAAGCUAUUUGAGUAUAAAGUCAUGCCCUUUGGCCUCAAGGGUGCGCCCGCUACCUUUCAAGCUAAUAUUAGUGCCUACCUGCAACCUCUAUUAGGGCAAGGUGUUGUCGCGUAUCUGGAUGAUGUUCUUAUUUAUAGCCCUGAUCUCCCUAGUCACGUUGCCCUCCUUCAGCAAGUGCUCCGUAUCUUCCUCGACCAGCAAUUCUAUCCGAAGUUUCGCAAGUGCAAGUUUUCCAAACAGGAGCUCACAUACUUGGGUUAUACAAUCAGUGCAGAGGGUAUUAAACCCGCUGAAGACAAGAUUAAAGCCAUACAGUCAUGGCCCAAGGUACUGGCUAACGAUAUGCAAGUACGGCAGUUCCUUGGCACAGCCAACUGCUUCCGCAUGUUCAUGGGUCCUGACUAUGCGAAGGUAGCGCGACAACUCGUGGAUCUCACCCACAAAGGGGCUCCCUUUCAAUGGACAGACCUUCAUACCCAGGCGGUGCAGCGGCUCAAACGCCGUUUGAUUGAUUAUACGACGUUACAGGUUCCUGACGCUACGAAGCCUUUUGAGUUGUACACUGACGCCUCAGGGUAUGCAAUAGGUGCGGUCCUGGAGCAACCUGGCCAACCGAUUGGGUUCCUCAGCCAGGUCAUGUCCCCUACUCAACAGAGAUACUCGACCUAUGAUCAGGAACUCCUGGCUUUAGUCACCGCUCUCGACAAGUGGGCCCACUUGUUGCGCGUCUCUAAGGUUACGGCACACGCCGAUCAUCAAGCACUUACUCACUUACAACAGCUCCGGGCAUCGAAGCCUUUACGUGGUCGUACUGCUAGGUGGCUAGAUUUUCUCGCUGAGUUCCCUCAUCUCACCAUUACCUACCUACCAGGUGCGCGUAAUCAGGUGGCCGAUGCCUUGUCCCGACUUGCUUGCCACUCCACGCCCACCCCUGACACCACCCCCAUAGGCCCCUCUUUGUCUCCACCUGGGUCCUUAGCAGCUCUUACGGUGCCUACCGACACGGCCGCUCCCCCACACAAGACCCGAGGAAGACUGGCUAACUACCGGGAACUCGCUGGACUCCGCACUCGCACCCCUAGGAAACCCUCUAAUCCACCGCCGGCUACGGCCACGAGUCCUACACCGAGCCAGCCCCACGCACGUCCUGCCCCGGAGACUCCAGCUGCGGCACACCCUCCCCCUACCCUGGACUGGGUGGCAGCGUACCCCAAGUGCCCUGUGUUCAGCGCUCCCUAUCAGCUCGCCUCCUCCCAGCCUGGCGCAGUGAUCCAACAGGAGUUUCAGCAUCGUCGCUACAGCUUCCGUUAUGUUCCGCCGUACUUACACAUUUGCAUUAAUGACCUCUGGCUUAUAUGCGUUCCUCAGUUUCCCGAAUUACUCACCCACGUGGUGUAG